GACGGCGGGCGUCUGCCUCUGAAGUUAGCAGUGAUUUCCUUUAGAGCCUGGCCUUAUCUCCGGCUGCACGUUGCCUGUUGGUGACUAAUAACACAAUAACAUUGUCUGGGGCUGGAAUAAAGUUGGAGCUGUUUACCCCCACUCUAUAGGGGUUCAAUAUAAAAAGGCGGCGGAGAGCUGUCCAAGUCAGACGCUCUUCUGCAGCGGCGCUGGGGUGAGCGCGCAGAGGGUCCUCGGUCCGCGCUGCUGUCCCCGCACGCCACCGCCGCGUGCGUCCUCAGACCGCUCCCACUGCCUGCCCUCCUGGCAGAAACUUCUUUUUUCUCUCCGUUAAAGAGCACUUAGGCUGAAGACUCACUUUGAGAUCUGAAUAACCAGAAGCGCCUUGAGGGACCCGAAGCUAUUAUUUUUCUUCGUUUUCCUUUGGGUUCAUUUGGCAGGGGAGGACUUUGAUUCCCCCCCCCCUUUUUUUUUUCAGAAUGGAUUAUUUCCCCAUGAUUUUCUCUCUGCUGUUUGUGGCUUUCCAAGGAGCUCCAGAAGCAGCCGUCUCGGGCGCAGAGCUCAGCACCAGCUUGGACAGCGGAGGGGAGAAGCCUGCUCCCAGUGCACCCUGGCGGGCCCGCAGGUCCAAGCGCUGCUCCUGCUCUUCCCUGAUGGAUAAAGAGUGCGUCUACUUCUGCCACCUUGACAUCAUCUGGGUCAACACUCCCGAGCACAUUGUUCCGUAUGGACUUGGAAGCCCUUCUAGGUCUAAGCGAUCCUUAAAGGAUUUAUUUACCACAAAGGCAACAGACCACAGGAAGAGAUGCCAGUGUGUUAAUCAAAAAGACAAGAAGUGCUGGACUUUUUGCCAAGCAGGAGAAGAACUCAGGGACCAAGACAGUAUGGAGAAGGGCCGGAAUGACCCUAAGAAAGGAAAAGACUGUUCCGAGCUUGGAGAAAAGUGUAUUCAUCAGCAGCUGGUGGCAGAAAGAAAAAUGAGAAGGUUGGACGCCAUCAGCAACCGCAUCAAAACAGCUUUUCGUGUGGCAAAGCUGAAAGCGGAGCUCUAUAGAGAAAAGCAAGUGACCCACAACCGAACACACUGAUGACAGGUCACCGGGGCCCGGCGCCCAUCCCAUCUGCAAGCCUUCUCCUCCGCGGAAGGAACCCUGUGGCUGAUUCUGCACUCUCUCUCCACUGCUGGGAUCAGAGCAAAAGCAUCCUCUCUGCUUCGACCAAAUGUUUCUUGUUCCAGACUGGCAAUGGACCAGUGCCCUCGCUCCAAACAUUCCAGGGAAGGUUCAGGAGUCCCCCAGUCCAUCUUCUUUUGCUUCCAUCAGCGAUCACCGCUUUCAUCUCUCCUCCUUUGGGGUGACAAUGGACCGCGCAGAAAGCAGAGAGACACAGUGACUUGCGAAUGAGGGUGUCAUCCUCCAGAGGGAGGAGAGGAGAUGCCACACACGGUGGAAUUUCUGAAGAGGGUCCGAAAGGAGUCUUUGUGUCUCACUCAGGCGCCU